AUGGACGCCCCAUUGCUACUUCCCGUCCUUCUCCUCCUCCUUUCCGCCUCUUCUUUCGCAACUGCGAAACUUUCCGAAAACUAUUAUGCCAAAACAUGCCCGGACUUUCUCAACAUAAUGCAAGACGUUGUCUUCGAGAAGCAACGCGAUCAACAAGCUACAGCCGCGGCCGCCCUCCGUAUCUUCUUCCACGACUGCAUGGUCACUGGCUGUGAUGCCUCAAUCUUGAUAGCUCCUAUGGAAGGAAAACCAAAGGUUGAGAAAGAUGCGGAUAUCAAUGAAGCCUUGAGUGGUGAUGGAUUUGAUGUCAUCAUUCGAGCUAAAAUGGAGCUCGAGAUGAAAUGCCCUGGUACCGUGUCGUGUGCUGAUAUUAUUGCUGUUGCUGCUCGCACUCUUGUCAAGAUGGUCGGAGGACCAUACUAUAAGGUUCUACUUGGGAGGAAAGAUGGCUUUGUAUCUCAAGCUUCUUUGGUAGAGGGGAAUUUAGCUCGAUCUAAUUUUUCCAUGGACACGAUGAUCAAGAUGUUCGAAGCCAAGGGUUAUACGAUUGAGGAUAUGGUGGCUCUCGUCGGAGCUCACACCAUCGGGUUUACCCAUUGCAAAGAGUUCGCGAACCGGAUCUGGGACUAUAAGCCCGGAGUACAAACCGACCCGACAUUGAACCCCAAGUAUGCUAAAGCAUUGAGAAGACUAUGUGCAAAUUACACUACCAAUCCAGGGAAAGCGGCUUUCAACGACCCGUUUAGUGCAGGAACUUUCGACAAUCAAUACUAUAAGAAUCUACUUAAUGGACUCGGUUUAAUGACGUCCGACACACUUUUGGCAAUGGAUCAUAGGACCCGACCCAUUGUUGUGAAGUUCGCUAAGAGCCAAAAAGCAUUCUUUGCCGCGUUUACUAGUGCCAUGGAAAAAACCGGUCAAAUUGGCGUGAAAACCGGAAAGAAUGGCGAGGUGAGGGAUCGUUGUGACCGUUUUAAUUUGGAAGAAUGA